CGGGGAGGGAGAAUGUUUGGAAAAGCGUCCAUAUGUAAACAGACGGGGCACUGUGCCGGGUGUAGGGUUCCCACGUUCUGCAGAACGGUAGUGCGCAUUAGCACGUGUAGGCUGGUCCCGGGGGUGGCUUUGGAGGCUUGACCCAGGCUGGGGUAGGACGACUGAGUUAUAUGUGAACCUGGAGGGUGGUAAACAUGACUAGUGGUGAAAGUUGAACCGUGCUUGUGAGCCAAGGGAUCAGAUCUAAACGCAGAAGUGUGCAGGUGGGAGCGGGCAGGGUGGGCGCCUGGAGCCCAACAGGAUCCUGCGUCUGAAGCAAAACGGCAGAGGAAGUGGUGCAACGGAAUCAGUAGUGAGCCGCGUGCAUAUGCAUCCUCUGUCUCAUACUUUGUGGGAGCAAACGAGCCGCCGAAGCUGAACGAGCAACCGCCGUCCUUUCAGAAUUCCCAGGGAGGGGCAGCUGCGGACCAUGGGCAGCAUUGAACAGACAACGGAGGUCCUGUUGUGUCUGUCACCUGGAGAAGCUGCUGAGCUGAAGGAAGGAAUCAAUUUCUUGAGAAAUAAGAAGACCGGCAAAGAUUUCAUCCUGUACAAGAGUAAGAAUCGCGUGCGGGCGUGCAAGAACAUGUGCAAGCAUCAAGGAGGCCUGUUCAUAAAAGACAUCGAGGAUUUAGACGGAAGGUCUGUCAGAUGCACAAAGCACAACUGGAGGUUGGACGUGAGCACCAUGAAAUACGUCAAUCCCCCAGGCAGCUUCUGUCAAGACGAACUAGUUGUUGAAAUGGAUGAAGAAAAUGGACUUUUACUUCUAGAACUGAAUCCUCCCAAUCCCUGGGAUUCAGAACCCAGAUCUCCUGAACAUUUGGCGUUUGGAGAAGUGCAGAUCACGUACCUCACCCACGCCUGCAUGGACCUCAAGCUGGGAGACAAGAGGAUGGUGUUUGACCCCUGGUUAACGGGUCCUGCGUUCGCCCGAGGCUGGUGGCUGCUGCACGAGCCUCCGUCUGAUUGGCUGGAGAGGCUGUGCCAGGCAGACCUGAUUUACAUCAGUCACAUGCACUCAGACCACCUGAGUUACCCCACACUGAAGGAGCUGGCUGGGAGAAGACCGGAUAUUCCCAUUUAUGUUGGAAACACGGAAAGACCUGUAUUUUGGAAUCUGAAUCAGAGCGGUGUCCAGUUGACCAAUAUCAAUAUAGUGCCAUUCGGAAUAUGGCAGCAGGUAGACAAAAAUCUUCGAUUCAUGAUCUUGAUGGAUGGCGUUCAUCCUGAGAUGGACACUUGCAUUAUUGUGGAGUAUAAAGGUCAUAAGAUACUUAAUACAGUGGACUGCACCAGACCCAAUGGGGGAAGGUUGCCUGAGAAGGUUGCUCUAAUGAUGAGUGAUUUUGCUGGAGGAGCAUCAGGCUUUCCAAUGACUUUCAGUGGUGGAAAAUUUACCGAGGAAUGGAAAGCCCAAUUCAUUAAAGCAGAGAGGAAGAAGCUCUUGAACUACAAGGCCCGGCUGGUGAAGGACCUACAACCCCGAAUUUAUUGCCCCUUUGCUGGGUAUUUUGUGGAAUCUCACCCAUCAGACAAGUAUAUUAAGGAAACAAACAUCAAAAAUGACCCAAAUGAACUCAACAAUCUUAUCAAGAAAAACUCUGAUGUGGUAACGUGGACCCCACGGCCUGGAGCCACUCUCGAUCUGAGUCGGAUGCUAAAGGACCCAACAGACAGCAAGGGCAUCAUAGAGCCUCCAGAGGGGACCAAGAUCUACAAGGAUUCCUGGGACUUCGAACCCUAUUUGAACAUCUUGAAUGCUGCCGUAGGAGACGAUAUAUUUCUUCACUCAUCCUGGAUAAAAGAAUACUUCACUUGGGCGGGAUUUAAGGAUUACAACCUGGUGGUCAGGAUGAUUGAAACAGAUGAGGACUUCAGCCCUUUUCCUGGAGGAUACGACUAUUUGGUUGACUUUCUAGACUUAUCCUUUCCAAAAGAAAGACCAAGCCGGGAACACCCGUAUGAGGAAAUUCGGAGCCGGGUUGACGUCAUCAGACACGUGGUAAAGAACGGUCUUCUCUGGGACGACUUGUAUAUAGGAUUCCAAACCCGGCUGCAACGGAGUCCUGACAUAUACCAUCACCUGUUUUGGAACCAUUUUCAAAUAAAACUCCCUCUCACGCCACCCAACUGGAGGUCCUUCCUGAUGCACUGUGGGUAGAGCAGACCUGAGCUUUCCAGAGAUGCCAAACAACAUAGAAAAUUCAAGAAUUUACUGAUGCUACGUCUUGAACACAGGAAGCUUAUACCAAAGGGACUUAUGCCUUAUUGAAAUCAACGAUGGAUAAUUACAUGUUGCAUUUGUGAGACGUUCACAUAUGUUUGUGGAUCACUACAUAGCCAGAUAAUUUAGAUUCCAUACACAAUUCUCUAUAAAAGAGGUGAUGAACCCUACAGGAACA